UCAUACAUAUUUCUCGAUGACAAAUAGUUUUUCAUUGCUCAACGUAAUAUGUUUUAAAACAUUAAAACAAAAUAUAAAUAUACAAAAGAGUUGUGUAGCAUUGCUUGAAUAAUUUUUGUCAAAAUUUAAAAAAAAACAAGAUUCAGUAAACAAGCAAUAGUGUUUAUACUAAAACGCUAUAAUCAUUACGUUUUUAUCACUUGCGAGUGACUUGCGCGUAUUAUAAAAAAAAAAAAAAAAAGAAAAAAAAAUAGCCGUGACGUUUUUGUACCUACCUUAUCAUUAUCGUUAUUACCGCAACACGCAUCGUAAGUAUUUUCAUUCUCAAUGUUAAAGCAGUCGACGCUCGGCAAACAAUCGUCCGAAUUACUUAUUCAUCAGGUUUUUCCAAAAGUAUACUUACAUCUCUGCUCUCCCGCGGUUCAUUGCGUCAUGUAGGCCCUAUCAGUGUAAUAUCCAUUCGAGUACCUACGGCACAGCUGGUGAAAAAAACGCGCGCGAAGAGUCUCGGAGCAGACGGAGCGGCCCUGCGCCCCUGAAAAUGUAUAUAACACGCGCGAGCAGCCAGCAAUAGUUCCUAUAUAUAGUGCCGAUGCCUUCCUAACCUCGCUUGUCUGCCACUGUUCGGUGUUUGGUGUAUUAUAUAUUAUAGAAAGAUACCGAGUAAGAUUUGAAGCGGAUCCGGAGCAGAAAAGGCAGGCUUAUACACCUACUCGUAUAACCAGUAAGUGCAUUUGUUUAUAGCGGUGUCAGGCGGUGUGUCUGUGUUGUCAGUGUCGGGUGACUGUUGUUUUCCGUGUGCCAAGUGGUGUGCGCCUGAGUGUUCCUGGAGGUGACAGAGGUAUGACGGGCACCGGGGACCACGAGGGCCUUCGGCUCAGGAGGACCAAGAGCGUCACCCGCGCCGAAGAGAUCGCCAAAGCUGAACAGAUGGCACGCAAAUCCCAGCCGGACCACCCAUGCCACAGGCCGAGGGACAGUCUCUUCUCGUGGAGCUCCGGCUUCGACAACUUCACGGGAUUCGUCAACUGGGGUUUCCUGCUGCUGGGCAUCGGCGGCGUUCGUCUUCUACUGGAGAACUUCAUAAAGUACGGUAUCAGAGUCGACCCGCGCCAAUGGUUUCUUUUCCUCAGCGGCAAGAACUACGACGGCAACGAGUACCCCUCGAUCCUGCUGAUUUGUUACUCGACAGUUCCUGUGGUCAUGUGUCUACUUAUCGAAAAGGGCCUGGCUAUGGAUCUCAUAGCCCACGGUCCGGGUAUGAUUUUCCACGUGGUGAACCUCAUAGUGAUGGUGCUCGUGCCGAUGGUCGUCAUCCACGUGAAGGAGACAGGAUUCAGCUUGAUUGGCGCCAUGUACGUGUGCAUGCUGUACGCCCUUCUGUUCCUCAAGCUGUGGUCGUACGUGCAGGUGAACAUGUGGUGUCGGCUCAGCGUCAAGAGCAAAAACACGUCGCAUGGUGGGAUGCGGAGACAGUCCUUCAGCUACACGGACCUGCUCGCCUCGGAGGCGAAGCAAAACGGCAGCGACUCCGAUGAAACGAGGCACGAGAUAGACGGCGGGGGCAAAGCCCUGGUGCAAUAUCCGGACAACCUGAAUCUGUCCGAUCUCUUCUACUUCAUGCUGGCGCCGACGCUCUGCUACGAAUUAAACUUUCCCAGGACGCAAAGGAUCCGAAAGAGGUUCUUGAUCAAGAGGAUCCUAGAGGUCGUCGUCGGAUGCCAGGUGGUGAUGUCGCUAUUCCAGCAGUGGAUGAUACCCUCGGUGAAAAAUUCCCUGAUACCCUUCAGCAACAUGGACGUCGCCAAAGCCUCCGAGCGCCUUCUCAAGCUGGCGAUACCGAAUCACCUAAUGUGGCUGUGCUUCUUCUACCUCAUAUUUCACUCGUUUUUCAAUUUAAUGGGCGAACUGCUGCAUUUCGCGGACAGAAAGUUCUACUGCGACUGGUGGAACGCCAACAACAUCGACACCUUUUGGAGGACGUGGAACUUGCCGGUACACCGAUGGGCCAUCAGGCACUUGUAUCUCCCGGUGCUGGAGAUGGGCUACAGCAAGAGCGUCGCCAGCAUAACGGUCUUCUUUAUCAGCGCCUUCUUCCACGAGUACCUUGUUAGCGUGCCGCUAAAGACCUUCAAGAUCUGGGCGUUCAUAGGGAUGAUGGGCCAGAUUCCGCUAUCGAUCCUGAGCAAGUACGUGCAGAAGCACUGGGGCGAUCGCUGGGGCAACAUCGUCGUCUGGGCGAGCUUGAUAAUCGGACAGCCGCUCUGCAUCAUGAUGUACUACCACGACUUUGUCGUCACUCACUUUGGCGACGCCCUGCUCGAGGAUUACUCCGUCGUGUGAGGAGCAUACCGUCGGACGUCUUCGCAUUCCUUCCCCACCCGUCUCCUUCCCCCCCCCCCUUCCUUUGUUCGCGCUCGCGGUGAUGGCACAAAGGGCGGAAUUCGAUUUUUGAUGCAAUAAACCGCGAGUAAAUGGUUUUUCGUCUCGAAUCACGCGCACUGGGCGUCUACACGAUGAAUUUUUUUUUUUUUUUUUUUUUUUUUUUUUUUCUUUUUAACUUUUACUAUUUUAAACGCACACGUGCACUUUUGUUUUCAAGUGAAUUUAUCGCUUGGCUUGGUUUUUAAUUAUCUCGUGCAAUACUCAGCGAUGCUGACAGCUACGGGCAAUCAUGUGUGCGUGGAAUUGAUUUUAUACAAACGUAUACUUUUGCAGUGGUACUUUUAUAGCGAUACGCGAAUUCAUGCGAAACGUUAUUUUCGCUCAGUUACAGAGAUCAAUGAACUGACGAGCGAAUCGAGCGUGGAGUUUUAUAAAGGUACAUAUUAUAUACAUAUAUUUAUACGGUAACUUGAAAUAGAAAAUUCGAUGAAUUUUUCACGCGUAAUUACGCGUACUACGUGAGUGCCUUGAUUUUUUUUAUUUCGUCCAGUCAAUUGUAACAUAUCGAUGGUAAGCCAAGCGAUUUAAUUAAUGAAAUGAAAUGUGGGAUUUCUCGCGUAAAUAUAUACGCGACGACAUAAAACUACGGUGCAAAGCACAUGAAAGGGAGAUAAUGUGAUUGAGAGCAUUUUUCUGUUAGAGCUUAAGAAACUCGAGAACAGCGCGACGCUAUGGAGUUACCACGAUGUUCUCGGUUGUUGUUGUUGUUGUUAUAUCUCUUUUGUAAUAAUUUACUUCUCUUUUAUCUCCUUUAUGUUUUUUUUUGUCGUAAUUCUGCAUGAAAAAGCGCAAAUGAGCAUCGCAGGGUGUUUACGUCCAUUGUUACAUUUAUACUACUAUUUUGUGAUGUGAUUCUUAUUGUUAUUCGAGUGCGUGAGUCCAGUAUGAAAAAUCCAAACGACUCCCGCACACUGAAAAAAUAUAGCUGUGCGUGAAAGAAAAUAGCCAAGUGAACUUAUUUUGUUAUCAAACAUGUGAGGAGCUCAUGUAUA